GAGAUUUGAGGAAAUUCCGCAUGCAGGAAGUGAACCUCCUUGUGUCCACAAGUGUGCUGGAGGAAGGUGUGGACAUCCCCAAGUGUAACCUGGUGGUGCGCUUCAGCCAGCCCAGAGAUUACAGGUCCUACACCCAGUCCAAGAGUCGUGCCUGUGCAAGAAAUGCUCAGUACAUCCUCCUUGUAGAUGAAAGCAGCACGGCAAAAUUCAAUGAAGAACUUGAAGAAUAUAAAGGAAUUGAAAGGGUGUUACUGGAGAAGUGUCAGAAUCGUGACAUUGUCACAGAAGAGGAUCCUUCUCCUGAACAGGCUGAGGGGCUCUUGCCAGCUUAUUGGCCACUCAAACAAGAGGGAGCAGCCAGGGUAACCAUGACUUCAGCCAUCAGCCUUAUUAACAGGUAUUGUGCCAAGCUGCCUAGUGAUGCUUUCACCCACCUGACUCCUUACUGUGCUCUGGUUGCCCUGGGAGAUUCCUCCUCACCUCAGUACUAUGCUACACUAAGGCUUCCCAUCAAUUCACCUGUCAAGGAGGAAGUAAAGGGAGAAAUCAUGACAAGCAGGAAGCUAGCUCAGAUGGCAGUGGCACUGAAGACCUGUGAAAUUCUUCACAAAGAAGGUGAGCUGGAUGACAACUUAUUACCAGUUGGCAAAGAGGUAUUCCGGUAUGAGGACGAGGACAAUGAGUGGGAGGAUGAGGUAGAGGAGGGUCAGGCCAGGCCGGGAACCACCAAACGCAAGCAAUACUACAUUAAAAAGGCUGCUCAAGACUUACAAGACUGCUGCCCUAAACCUGAGACGGAGUGUGUGCUGUACGAGUUAAAUAUGAAACUGACAGGUCCAAUCACUGAUGAGCAGAACACACGUGGACGCAAACUGCACGCACCUGAGGAAACAUCCCGGACAUUCGGGAUUCUGCUGGCUAGACAAAUACCCAGGGUGCCAUUAUUCCCGGUGUACACACGAUCAGGGGAGGUAACUGUGAGUAUUGAGCUGGUCAGCACCGAUAUUGUCGUGACACAGGAACAGUUGGACCAGCUGCUUGUCUUCCACACCUUCGUCUUCUCCAAUGUUCUCAGACUGGAGAAAGACCCAAUGGAAUUCUCUGCUGACCCAAUGAAUACCAGCUACGUUGUGGUCCCUCUCAACUGUUUAGCAGAGAAUCCGGGUGGCUUGUGUAUUGACUGGGACUUUGUGGAACAUCUAGGAAAACGAUCUUCCCCAGUAGAGCAAGCAAAAAUUUAUGAUGCAAAGCGAGAAAAAUUUUUGUUUCAAACAGAACAGUUUCAGGAUGCCGUAGUAAUGCCGUCAUACCGUAACAUUGACCAGCCUCAGUAUUUCUAUGUAGCAGAGAUUCGCCAUGACCUCACCCCUGUCAGCCCAUUCCCUUCUCCAGACCUAUACAAGACAUUUAAGGAUUACUACGCAGUGAAGUAUGGAUUAGUCAUCACGAAUACGGAGCAGCCCCUCCUUGAUGUGGACCACACGUCUGCCAGGCUAAAUUUGCUCACACCACGCUACAUGAACCAGAAAGGAGUGGCUCUGCCGACAAGCAGCGCGGACACAAAGCGGGCUCGCCGUGAAAAUCUACAGCAGAAGCAGAUCCUUAUCCCAGAGCUCUGUGACGUUCAUGUCUUCCCGGCCUCACUCUGGCGCAAAGCCGUUUGUCUGCCUGCCAUCCUGUAUAGGACCAACCAUCUGCUUAUUGCUGAGGAUCUCAGAGCACGCAUCGCAAGGGAGACGAAAAUAGGGCGGGAAAAAAUCCCCUCAGAUUUCUGCUUUCCUAAACUUGACUUUGGGUUUGACACAAACCCAGAAAAAAUAAAGAUUGAAUCUGUGUGGGAGAACGGUACAAAUGGAGAUAUGAAGGAAGGGACAGUCAGUGCUACAUCCAUCUCUGAAGAGAACCCUCAACCACAAGUUCACCAAAGUUCUGUCACCACCAUCUUGGUAGAAAAUAAUUUUAACCAGUCAAAUAAUAGAGAGAUCCCAUUUGUUGAUCUUCAGCUGGAGGUUGGAGGGGUUCAGGAAGGAGGGGAUAGUGCUUUCAGCGGAUCCACUCCCGAGGACCUGGACUCUGAUCCUGGGGCUGAUACAUUCAACUCGGUAAGCACUGAUUCAGACAGCGUGUACAACACAGCACAGGAGGGCGACACAGACAUGGACAGUGACGAAGAUCUUGCGGGUCCGAACAUUAGCGACCAUACUCUGGUGGAUCAACACAUAGGCAUUCUGGACAACUCGGUCAUUGUUAUUGACACGGCUGUAAUGCCCUUAGAAAACCACUUUCAGAAACUGAAGAUUGUGGAGUUGAAGGAUGAUGGAUCUGUGACACCCACAGCAGAGGUGAAAUGCAAACUCACAGAGCCCAGUGGUGUUCACAAAUCUGACAUCAGUGGGCAGGAAUCAAGCUUUAUGAUCAAAAUAAAACAGCCUGAUAGUAGUGGAAAUAAAUCGAGUUAUAGGGACAACAUGAAACAGGCUGGUAUCAGUGAACAAGAAUGCGGUUACAAUGACAACAAAAAUCAGUCUGAUAUCAGUGAGCAGGAUUCCAACUAUAUGGAUGACAUGAAACAGUCUGAUAUCAGUGAGCAGGAUUCCAACUACAGGGACGACAUGAAACAGUCUGAUAUCAGAGGACAAGAAUCCAUUUGUAUGGACAAAAUAAAGCAGUCUGAUAUUAGGAUAGAGUUUGUCAACACAGAUCUUGCCAAAGACAUCAACCUAUGUGCUAAUAAUGGGGUGGAAGGAGGUGCUGCUGGUUGGGAAGACAUGGGCACUGACGGCGAGGCAGAACGAGUGAUGAGCCUUCUGGGGCCUGAAGUACUUCAGAUAUCGGAUGGUGUGGUUGGUAUGAUAUGUCCCAACUCCAGACAACUCACAAAUGAGACCCCUGCUGCCACAUCUCCUGAUAAAUAUGCGAGUGCAGACAACACGAAGGUAGAAAAAAUUAAACCUGAUACAUCAUUAAAGAGUAGUCCCAAAUACACAUUCAGUAUUCAUUCUGAGGCAGUUUGUAGGGAGGAAGAAGACAGCAUUGAUACCUCAAACUGUGCCACAUCACCUGUACAUUCUGCAUGUAUUGUUGAUUGGACAAGUCACUCUCAGAAUGAGGCCAAUCAUGUGGUAAACUCUGCUCAACACAUCAAAGGUAUUGACAGUUCCAGUGCUCAACAUGACCAGGUGGGUGGCAAGGGUAGUGCCACUCCCAGUGCUCAACAUAGCCAGGUGGGUGUCAAGGGUAAUGCCAGCCCCAGUACACAACAUGGGCAGGUGGGUGUAAAUGGUAAUGAAAGCCCCUGUGCUCAAUUUGGCCAAGGGGGUAUCAAUGGUAGUGAAAGUCCCGAUGUUCAACAUGGCCAGGUGGGUUUCAGUCUCAGCAUGAUCAGCCCCACACCUGCUCAGUGUGCACAGCUGAGGGGUUCUCAACUUGAUAAAGUUGAUAUGAACAAGGAUAAGACUUGUCUGAUAAGCAGUAUAGUAAACCCAGUAAAAUCUGUGGAAGUCAGUUUGACAGCCCCUAAAGAGGCACCCCCCAGAGAAGAUCCUGUGGGCAUUGGCGUCUGGGGUGAGAAUGUCCAAUCAGUGAUGCCCACAAAUUCUAGUGUCACCAACACAGAGAGGGUUGUAAGUUUGGACAAAGAUGUGAAUCUAAGCACUUUCUUAGGCCCCAGUCCAUGCACAAUUCUCCAGGCUCUAACCAUGUCUAAUGCCAAUGACUUUUUCAGUUUAGAGCGUUUAGAGACAAUAGGAGACUCAUUCCUAAAAUAUGCCAUUACGAUUUACCUGUACUGUACAUACCCAGGCAUCCACGAGGGCAAGCUCAGCUACCUGCGCAGUAAGCAGGUCAGCAAUUACAACCUCUACCGCCUGGGGAAGAAGAAGGGUCUCCCAGAGAGCAUGGUGUCGGCCAAGUUUGAGCCGAACGAUAACUGGCUUCCGUCUGGUUAUGUCAUCAAUGAGGGUAAACGGCGAGGACCUGUCCCCAAAGUGCUGAUCAGUUCAUGUGCAGUGAGAGACAAGUCUACAGCGGCAACAGCCCCCAUUAGGGUAGAGGAACGCUCCUCAGAGGACAGUGGGAGUGGAGACUCCGGUAGCAUUCGCAUCAGCUGUAAUCACCGCUCCAACGGUAACCUAAGCAGGUCAUCACGCAUGGCCAACAUGCAGCAACUCAAGUUCAAACAGGAGCUGGAAGAAGUGAGUCGGUGUCAGGAGGUGGAGAACCGUGCUGACCAGCUGGACACCGCCAAACAACUACUCCCAUACAACCUGCGCACCCAACAGAUCAUUCCUGACAAGAGUGUGGCGGACACUGUGGAAGCUCUCAUUGGCUGUUACCUCACAUCCUGUGGAAAGCGUGGGGCACUGCUUUUCAUGUCGUGGCUAGGAUUACGAGUUUUCCCAAAGAAGGAUGGAUACCCUGAUUCAGUCCCAGAAGAGGUGAACAAUGAGUUCGAGGAGUUGCAGGUGCCUCGUUCCCCACAGCUGGGACACGUAUGUAAUGGUGACACUGUCGUUAACCGACUUCUGGAUGGCUAUGAUGCUUUUGAGGAGAAGAUUAGUUACAAGUUUAAAGAUCGGUCCUACUUGCUGCAAGCAUUUACUCAUGCCUCUUACCACUACAACACUGUCACGGACUGCUAUCAGAGGCUAGAGUUUCUAGGGGAUGCAAUCCUGGAUUACGUCAUAACGCGCCACCUGUUUGAAGACUCUAGGCGGUACUCUCCAGGUGUGCUCACAGAUUUACGAUCAGCUCUCGUCAACAACAACAUCUUCGCAGCUCUUGCCGUCAAGUGGGAUUUCCAUAAGUACUUCAAAGCUGUGUCACCAGCCCUUUUUUAUGUGAUCGAGAGAUUUGUGUCUCGUCAGAAGGACAAUGAAGACGUGAUCGAGUUGGAUGAUGAUGAGGAUGAUUCUGAUGACAUGGAGAAGGUGGAGAUGGAAAUCCCCAAGGCUCUGGGGGACAUCUUUGAGUCAGUUGCAGGUGCCAUCUACCUGGACAGUGCCAUGUCUCUGGACACAGUCUGGAGGGUCUAUUACCGCAUGAUGAAACCACAGAUUGAUCAGUACCUUGAGAGAAUCCCCAAGUCUCCAGUGCGGGAAUUGUUAGAGAUGGAACCAGAAACUGCCAAGUUUGAAAAGCCCGAGCGAACCAUGGAGGGUAAGAUCCGAGUGACGGUGAAUGUUGUUGGCAAAGGCGUGUUUACAGGAGUGGGGAGGAAUUACCGUAUAGCAAAGAGUGCUGCAGCAAAGAAAGCGCUGAAGAACAUCAAAACUAUGCAAGCACAGGGACUGAUCUGAGCCAUUGCGUAUUCUUGUGCCAUUGGUAGCUUGUCUAAACUGAGCAAUUACAUAGUGCUAUGCCAUCGGUAGCUGGUCUGAACGGAGCCAUUACAUAGUGCUGUGCCAUUGGUGGCUGGUCUAAACUGAGCCAUUACAUAGUGCUGUGUCUGUCAUUUGUGGCUAAUCUAAACUGAGCCAUUACAUAGUGCUGUGCCAUUGGUACCUGGUCUAAACUGAGCCAUUACGUAGUGCUGUGUCAUUGGUAGCUGAUCUAAACAGAACUACUACAUAGGGCUGUGUCAUUGAUAGUUGGUCUAAACUGAGCCAUUACAUAGCGCUGUGCCCUUGGUAACUGGUCUAAACUGAGCCAUUACGUAGUGCUGUGUCAUUGGUAACUGGUCUAGACAGAACUACUACAUAGGGCUGCGUCAUUGAUAGCUCGUCUAAAUUAAGCCAUUACGUAGUGCUGUGUCAUUAAUUGCUGCUCUAAACAGACCUACUAUGUAGGGCUGUGCAAUUGGUAGCUGGUCUAAACUGAGCCAUUACAUAGUGAUGUGCCAUUGGAAAAUGGGCCAGAAAGCAUAGCCUUACCUUGUGUACACUGUAAAUGUAGCUGGUGUAAAAUAGGCCAUUAAUAGUACUGUAUCAUCGGUAGCCAUAGAUUUAGCCAGAAAUUGAAAUCAGGGUAUUUCAUUUCCAGUCCUAUCUCUCUCAUGUUAAUUUUAUCAGAAUACUUGGAGAGCGUCUCAAAGACAUGGAGACAUUCCGCUGGCCAAGCAUCUGGUCUAGACUGAGCCAUUAUACAGUGCUGUGCCAUGGGUAACAUGUCCAAGCUGGGCCAUUACAUAUUGGAGUGUCAUCUGUAGCUGGUCAUUACAUAGUGCUGUGCCAUGUAACUGUUCUAAACUGAGCCACAUAAUUCUUUGCGAAUAGUAGCGGGGCCUCCGUGGCUCAGUCGGUUAAAGCGCUAGCGCAGCGUAAUGACCCAAGAGUCUCUCACCAAUGCAGUUGCUGUGAGUUCAAGUCCAGCUCAUGCUGACUUCCUCUCCUGCCGUACUUGAGAAGGUCUGCCAGCAACCUGCGGAUGGCCGUGGGUUUCCCCCGGGCUCUGCCCGGUUUCCACCCACCAUAAUGCUGGCCGCCGUUGUAUAAGUGAAAUAUUCUUGAGUACCGCGUAAAACACCAAUCAAAAUCAAAUCAAAGCGAAUAGUAGCUGGUCUAAUUUGAUCCAUUACAUAGAGCUGUUCAGGGUUUGAAUUAUGGCAUUCCUGAAUGCUGUGUCGUUUGUAGGGAGCCUAAAAAGGGGCAUUACACAGAUCUCUGUCAUUCAUUGGGGGCAUGAACUGUGGCAUUACUUACUGUGGCGCUGUAAACCCAGACGUGACUAGUGCUGUGAUAUGGUCAUUACUAUGCCGUUUCAUCAGUUGCGGGCCUAGACUCAGUCAUCAGGCAGUGCUGUAAUGCUGGAUGCUGUUGUGGAUGGAGGCAGUACCUAGUACUUUACUCUUGGUAAUGUAUCCAAACUGAACCAUUAUGCAGAGUGGUACCAUUGGUGGCCGGUAUGAAUUGAGUCAUUACACAGUGCUGUACGCUGUAUUGGUAGCAGUCUAAACCAAGGCAUUACAUAGGGAUGUGCCAUUGGUAGCAGGUCUAAACUGAGGCUUCGGGUGGGACUGGUGAGGUUGGAAGCAGUUCUGAGCUGAGACUUUACACAGGGCUAUGUGGUUGGGAGCAGAUGAAAACGGAGACUUUAGGUGGGCAUGUGACCUUGGGAGGAGGUCUAAACUGAGGCAUUACAUCAGCCUGUGUCAUAGGUAGCUGGUCUAAGCUGAGGCUUCACAUGAGGCUGUGAGGUUGAGAGCAGGGCUAAACUGAAGCAUUACAUAUUGAUGUGGAAUUGGUAGCAGGUCUGAUAUGAGGCUUCCUGUGGGGCUGUGAAGUUGGGAGCUGGUCUAAUCUGAGGCUUCCUGUGGCAGCUUUGCAUAGGUCAGCAAAAUUCCAGCAGUAUAAAGUGUACUCCAUCUACUUCUCAAAGAUGUGACAUUAAAAAGUUUAUAUAUGUAACAUGUAUACAUUUCUCCUACAGUUAAAGGGAAAAGGAGUACCAUGGUAUUUUGUGUUCACAGUCAUACAUGUACCCACUUCCAUUUUUGUUCUUAAAGGAGUACAUUUCCAAGUUCUUUUGUUCAAAUGUGUACACUUGGGUACAAUAAACAAUCUUAUGUGGGACAGCCUGCCAGAAGCCUGCGGAUGGUCGUGGGUUAACCUCAAGCUCUGUCUGGUUUCUUCCCACGUCGCAUAUUAAAAGUGAAGUUAAACAUGGUAUAAAGCUCCAAUCAAAUACAUAAAUAGUAAAUUAAGACAAGAAAUGCAUUUAAUUUAGCAGACGGGAAGCAAAAUUGCACUUCUGUUCUAGAGUGUACAGUAUCCCAACAGGUGUUCAGCAUCUCCCUCUGAAUUGUGAAUCUCGUUAUAUGGUGAGGUUUGAUUGUGUAGGUAGCUGAUGAAAGUUACACCAGGUUAUACAAGCUACGUGAGCAUUUCAGCCUGGUGAUUCAAUUCAGUCCAUUUAAGCUUAAUGUAUAUUUGAUACCAAAGUGCAAGAGGUGGUACUCAAGAAGUAAAUAUGCAAAAGAAACCAGAAGACAAGAUGGCAUAGAAUGCAAAUAAAAUCAGAGCUUAUAGUUGAUUUUGGACUGUUUUACAAAGGUUGGUUACAGACUCCAAUAUCCAAUCCCUUGGCCAUUCUCACAGUGAAUAUUAGUACAGUAAUUCCCACAGUAAUGGUUAGGAUUCAAUACAGACUUCAACAUCCCAUGACCAUUCCCAUAUUAAUGGUUAGGAUUCAAUACAGACUCCAACAUCCCAUGACCAUUCCCACAGUAAUGGUUAGGACAUAAUACAGACUCCAGAACCGUUGACCAUUUUCAAGCAUCUCAUAUGAUGAUACAUUUACUAUAUGCAAGUGUGAUAUCUUUGGUCAACACAAUUAAUUGUUAUAAUUUAUAAUUUACAAAUAGUAGGUAUGUUUUGGCUUUCCAUAUAUCUGUAUUACAUGUAUGUAUUGGUAUGAAGCUGUUGUCAAUGUUUUGAACACUAUAUGUAUGUCAAUAUUUUCAAAUAAAAUUUUGUAACAGUUGU